UGCUCUUUACUUCCUAUCUAACCUCUGCAACUUCCACUUCCCAUCCCCUGCUACUUGCCCACCACAGAGUGAGAGAGAAACCAAAAUCUCACAACCAGAAUUGUUUUUUCUGUUCUGAAACUUGAAAACCAGAGCUUGUUACUAUCUUUGGCCAUUUCAUUCCAAAACCAUUAAUGGGUUUUCCGGCCCUUCUUCUCUCCUCUCUCCUGUUCUCUCUGUCUCUCCCAACUUGGGUCUGUGGGAAUGCAGAGCUCAGAGUUCUCAUGGACGUGAAAGCUGCUCUUGACCCAGAAAGCCGUUAUCUUUCUUCUUGGACUUCUAAUGGGAACCCAUGUGAUGGUUCUUUCGAAGGAGUGGCUUGCAACGAGAAGGGUCAAGUGGCUAACAUUUCCUUGCAGGGGAAGGGCCUCUCAGGGAAGCUCUCGUCCGCCAUUGAUGGCCUUAAGCACUUGACUGGCCUAUACUUGCAUUAUAACGCUCUCUAUGGUGAGAUACCCAAAGAAAUCGCCAACUUGGCCGAGCUCACUGAUUUGUAUUUGAAUGUCAAUCACUUCACUGGGGAAAUCCCUCUUGAGAUCGGCAAAAUGGAGAACUUGCAAGUUUUGCAGCUUUGUUAUAAUCAAUUGAAGGGAAGUAUUCCAACUCAACUUGGUGGUUUGAAGAAGCUUAGUGUUCUCGCUCUGCAGUCAAAUCAAUUAACUGGUGCUAUCCCUGCAAGUUUAGGCGACUUGGAAGUUUUAAUGAGGCUCGACUUGAGCUCUAACCGCCUAUUCGGUUCCAUUCCCUCUAAAUUAGCCGAUGCCUCUUCUCUGCAAGUUCUAGAUGUUCGCAAUAACACUCUCUCUGGGAAUGUACCAUCUGCUCUGAAGAGACUUGAAGAUGGAUUUUUGUAUGAAUACAAUCUGGGAUUGUGUGGAGCUGGGUUUUCAUCCUUGAAGACUUGCAGUGCUUCUGAUCAUGUUGAUCGAAGCAGGCCUGAACCCUUUGGAGCUGGUGUUCAUGGUCUAUCAUCAACGAGGGACAUUCCAGAAACUGCAAAUGUUCAGCUUCCCUGCAAUGGAAAUCAGUGCCAAAACUCAUCAAAAUCGAAACAAACAGCAACAACAUCUGUUACUGUUGGCAUAGUUGUGAUUGCUAUAGCAGUGUCAGCAGUUGGCAUUCUAACCUUUGUUCAUUAUCGCCGAAGGAAACAGAAGCUCGGAAACUCCUAUGAUGUCUCUGAUAGCCGCCUAAGUACUGAUCAAGCUAAACCUGUCAUAUACAGGAAAAAUGGCUCUCCUCUGAUCAGCCUUGAGUAUUCCAAUGGAUGGGACCCUUUAGCUGAUAGCCGGAACUUCAACGGAGACAGUCAAGACAUGUUCCAAAGUUUCCGGUUCAACUUGGAAGAGGUCGAAACGGCAACUCAGUAUUUCUCGGACUCGAAUCUGUUAGGGAAGAGCAACUUCAGUGCAACAUAUAAAGGAGUGUUGAGGGAUGGGUCUGUAGUUGCUGUGAAGAGCAUCAGCAAAAGUAGUUGCAAGUCAGAUGAAGCUGAGUUUUUGAAGGGACUGAACAUUUUGACAUCAUUGAGGAAUGAGAAUCUAGUGAGGCUCAGAGGUUUUUGUUGUUCCAGGGGACGAGGAGAGUGCUUUCUGGUUUAUGAUUUUGUUCCUAAUGGAAAUCUGUCACGCUACCUUGAUGUCAAGGAAGGUGAUGGAGAAGUCCUUGAAUGGUCAACCAGAGUUUCCAUUGUCAAAGGGAUUGCUAAAGGUAUUGCAUAUUUACACGCACACAAAGCGAACAAACCUGCACUUGUUCACCAAAACAUCUCGGCUGAGAAAGUGCUCAUUGAUCAGCGAUUCAAUCCAUUGCUUUUGGAUUCUGGUCUCUGCAAGGUCCUCACCAAUGACAUCGUCUUCUCGGCACUCAAGGCCAGCGCGGCGAAGGGCUAUCUAGCUCCGGAGUACACCACCACCGGCCGGUUCACCGAGAAAAGUGACGUGUAUGCUUUUGGAUUGGUGGUUUUGCAGAUCCUCUCAGGGAAGCAGAAGAUCACGAGCACAAUGCGCCUCUUGGCAGAAUCUUCGAGGUUCCUGGAAGUUAUGGACCCGAAUCUUCAUGGCAAGUUCUUCGAAUUCGAGGCAGCUAAGCUGUUGAAGAUGGGUCUGGUUUGUUCACACGAGUCUCCUUUUGAGAGGCCAUCCAUGGAAGCCAUUGUUCAAGAACUGAGCAAUUGUAGUAGCUGUCUGUGAUUUGGGUUAACUUUAACUGUCACUAACUGCUAAUGGUGGUUGACCAUUUUGACGUCAACAUGGGUCUGGUCACCACGAACAAGCUUUCAUGUUGAUCUGUGUAGGAGGGUAUGUUGUAACUUGUAAGCUUAUCAGAGAAGGGUUUUAAGUAGCUUCUUGUUCUCUAGUCACCUGUAAUUUUGUUGAAUAUUUUUUCUAAGGUGAAUGCCUCUUUCAGUUUUCAA